GUUACAGACGCAGCAGCUCCAUGCAGAUCCAUCGCCGUAGAAAUAUGCGUGCAUUUUGAAAUGCAGCGACAUAAAAUUGUAUUUUAACGUUACUAAUUCAUUACGUUACUAUUUGUCGCUGAAGUUAUAUCUAAUGAGACGUCAGCUACUUUGAGUUUUAAUGUUAACGUUUUGGUAACUCUACACAGUGGUUAAGUUUAUGUUUUUAAGCUAACGUUAGCUAGCUACCAUCAGUGAAUAAUGUCAGCCUGUCCUUUGAGUCAAUGAUCCUUUCUAGUACACUGGAAGCUAGUUUCAGCAUGAAUUCAUGAAUUUUAUCAGUAGUUAUGAUAUAUCGGUAAAGAUUUAACUCAUUCACUGUUACAUCUGGAUGAAGAACUUUUAAAAUGGCUUUUCUCUCAGCAUCUCCCACAAAUGCUGAUAAUCUAUAAUCAUAAUCUUUAUUGAAUUGCGUAUUUCAUUCAUUAAUACUUAAUGAAAACCUACAUUAUUCCUACUUAAUAAUUAGCCCGGCAUUAGACCAAAUAUAUAGUACUCAGCUUUAUACCUGUUAAUAGCACUUAUUCGAAUUUGAAUAAAAGAGAGAUGAUUAUUAUUAUUAUUUAUUUGAUCGGAGAGGGUUUAACUCCCUGCUUUUUCAAAAUAGAAGAAUUAUUUUCUCCAGUGUUUGCAGAUUCAAAUACUUGGAUUGUACUUCCAAAUACUUGUCUGCAGCUUCUUUAAAGUAUUAACAUUAAAUUCAAUUUUAUAAAUAUCAGAUCUUAAAAGUCUAUUAUUAAAAGUUUAUUUGAAUGUAUGAGGUUUUAAUCUCAACACAAACAUUUUAUCUAACACUAUGUAUCCAUCUACUGUCAAAAGUAGUCAUAAAUGCAAGAUGCCACCUAACUGGUGAAAUAAUUGAUAAAGAGAACGGUAUUUAUGCUGUUUUUAAAUUGUGUCAGGGACACAGCAUACCUGGUCAUGUGCAGUUGAAAACCUGGGGCACAAAUCACAACCUUCUGAACGCAGCAGGGGAGCAUGACUGUUCCUCAGGAAAGGAGAGUGAGGAAGGCAGCGGUCCUGUACAUCAUCCAAAAGUGGAGUUGAACAGAGACGCUGCACUUCAGCCAUGUUGGACAAGCAGUCAUUAACGUCAUAAACUCUGUUGACAGUCUUCAACUGAUUCCUCGCUGUGUUGACAGCAGAGUCUAUGAAGCCACUGCACAGAGAGCGCAGCGUCACUCAAACACAGCCGGGAACCAGCAGAGUGGCGUUCAUCAUCGAACAGAACUCAGGUCUGGUGGAGAUUGAGGAGGGAGAGCUGACAGAGCAGCAGCUGAACCUGCAAAGCCAGACUGUGGCCAGAAUCUCUUUUGCCAGGGAGCCACAUGUACAGCAGAUUUCUCAAGCGUUUCAUCUCCGACCAGAUGGGAGGCUGGAGCAGACAGUUUCCAUGGCAACAGACACCCAGCCACUGAUGCAGCACUUGCACAUCACCUACCGUUGGUCAUCUUGACCCAAAUAGGCUGGCAGGCUUCUGAUACAUACAGAUACCUUGGACAAGAUUGACAAAUGUUGCUAAAAAUGGCAAAACAGCUAUACUGGUGGGAGAUAAAUGUUUAAUUAUUUAAAUCAAGUUAAGUGUAACUAAUAAUAGAAUAGAAUAAAUAAUUAUCUUCAAAUAGAUUAAAUGCAGUAAAAACUGAAAGAUGUUAUUAACCAGGAAGUUUUGUUUGUAUCUGAGCUGAGUCUCAGUUGUGCAUUGUUUAAGCACUACAAUGGAUUUAUGUUACAGUCAAAUUUAUUAAAUUUCACAUAUUUACAUUACAUUGCUAAAUUUGUGUAAAGGUGCUUGAAUCGUGUUCAUAUUUAUCAUCAUGAUAUUUAAUAUUUGAGUUAUAAAGUUGAUGAAUUCACGUUAAGGACCGUGUCGUUUUAUUUUUAAUCUUCAUAGCACUAAAAUUGAAAGCAGAAGUACCUGCUGUUAUUCUGUUUGGAGUGAGAUUCAUAGAGUUGCAGGGAUUCGUUCUCACACUGGAUGGCGUCAUAUGUAAGAGUAUGAUUUACGCCAGGAAAUGUGACUUUUUGAGGUUUACAGAGUUUCUGUCAUUUGUUUGGUUUACGACAUAAGUAUAAACUUUAUUGGUUACAUUAAUGGAUUACACGUAAUUUAACCUCUUUUUUCUUUUGUUUUGUUGUUUUUUUCUCAAAUCUUAAAAGGUUGUUUAACAUUUUCUGUCCUGCUGGAUUUUAUGUUUCUUGUAAACUGCAAUCAAG